AUGAGCAGCAUGUUUCAGGAGAUCUUGGCCUUUGUUUUCGCCACCUCGGGGUGGGUGCUGGUGUCCUCCACCUUGCCGACGGACUACUGGAAGGUGUCUUCACUUGAUGGGACAGUUAUCACCACAGCUACCUACUGGUCCAAUCUGUGGAAGAGCUGUGUCACUGAUUCAACUGGAGUCAGCAACUGCAAAGACUUUGCCUCGAUGCUGGCUCUGGAUGGCUACAUCCAAGCAUGCAGAGGGUUGAUGAUCGCUGCCAUCUGUCUGGGUUUUUUUGGAUCUACAUUUGCUCUUGUUGGAAUGAAAUGCACCAAAAUUGGGGGAAGUGACAAAAACAAAGCCAGGAUUGCCUGCCUUGCUGGUGUAAAUUUCAUCCUUAGUGGCCUCUGCUCGCUCUCAGGUUGUUCCCUCUAUGCACACCAGAUAACAUCAGAGUUUUUCGACCCAACGUUUAUGGCACAGAAGUAUGAACUGGGAGCUGCUCUCUUUAUCGGCUGGGGAGGCUCUAUCCUCUGUAUCCUCGGAGGCGGCAUGCUCUGCUUCUCCAUCACUGGUUCUUUUACCAAAAGCCACAGUCAGGCAAAGUAUAUCUACAAAGGUGCUGCCUCACCUUCUCAUGUCUCCUCCUACCCGAGAGGGCAGGCAAAGUCUGUAAACCAGAGGCCGCCUCCAGACUACAGCAGCUCCACCAGGAUGCAGCACUUUGAUAAGAAUGCAUAUGUGUGA